AGAAGUCAGAGUGAGAGCUCGUGGACACGAUCUUCAUCUUCUUCUUCUUCUUCUUCUUCUUCUUCUUCUUCUUCUCUUCCUCGGCGCUCGUCCAUCCUGCAGCAACAUUUUUUCUUUCUCUUCUCUUCUCUUCUCUUCUCUUCUCUUCUCUUCUCUUCUCUUCUCUUCUCCGCGGCUGCCGUUCGUACGGGAUUCGGAGGACGACACGCGCACGCGCACGCAGCGACACGCACGCGCACACACACAGUCACCGAUAGGCGGGCAGGCGCGUGCGUGCUUGGCGUGCACGCGGACAUGAAGCUGCCGUGCGUGUUGCUCCUGUGGAUAUUGCAGUGCAACAACGUGCACGCGGACUCUAUCAUUCACAUCGGUGCCAUAUUCGAGGAGAACGGGGCGAGGGACGAGGAGGUGUUCCAGCUGGCCGUGUCAGACUUGAGUCUGAGUGAUGACGUCCUGCAGAGUGAGAAGAUCACACACUCCAUCAAACUCAUCCAGCCUGACAAUCCCUUCCAGGCUGUGCAGGAAGCCUGCGAGCUGAUGAACCAGGGCAUCUUGGCGCUGGUGACAUCUACGGGCUGCGCCUCGGCCAGCGCGCUGCAGUCGCUGACGGACGCCAUGCACAUCCCGCACUUGUACAUCCAGAGGAACGGCGGGGGCUCGCCACGGACCGCCUGCCAGCUCAACCCUCCCGCCGGGGGCCGCAGCUACACGCUGAACGCCCGGCCGCCCGUCCGCCUCAACGACGUCAUGCUGACGCUGGUGGAGGAGCUGCGCUGGCAGAAGUUCAUCGUGUUCUACGACAUCGAGUACGACAUGCGUGGUCUGCAGGCCUUCCUGGACCAGACGUGCCGUGCAGGUGUGGAGGUGUCAGUGCAGAGAGUGGACAGGAACAUCAGCAGAGUGUUCAGUCAGCUCUUCACCUCCAUGAGGACGGAACAACUCAACCGCUACAGAGACACUCUGAGGAGAGCCAUCCUGCUGCUCAGUCCCCACGCUGCACACACCUUCAUACAGCAGGCGGUGGAGACCAACCUAGCAUCCAAGGACAGUCACUGGGUCUUUGUUAACGAGGAAAUCAGCGACGCGGAGAUCCUGGAGCUUACCCACAGUGCACUGGGCCGCAUCACGGUGGUGCGGCAGAUCUUCCCGCCGUGGAAGGAGAGCGGCGCCCGGUGCCAGCGACACAAGCAUCGCAUCUCCUCGCUGCUGUGCGACCCCCAGGAGGGCUACCUGCAGAACCUGGAGGUGUCCAACCUCUACCUGUAUGACAGCGUGCUGAUGCUGGCCAAUGCCUUCUACAGGAAGCUGGAGGACAGGAAGUGGCACAGCAUGGCCAGUCUCAACUGCAUCAGGAAGUCCACCAAGCCGUGGAACGGAGGCUGGUCCAUGCUGGAGACCAUCCAGAAGGGCAACAUCACAGGUCUGACAGGGACUAUGGACUUCAAGGACAGUGGUGCCAACUCUCACGUCCACUUUGAGAUCCUGGGAUCCAGUUUCAGCGAGACCUUCGGCAAGGACUACAAGAGGAUGGCCACGUGGGACGCGGUCCAUGGUCUGAAUGGAAGCCUGAAGGAGAGUCGCAUUGAGAACGGCAUGCAGGGAGUGACGCUGAAAGUGGUGACCUUGUUGCAUCCAUCAUCCAUCCCUCCAUCCAUGGUCUACAGCUUUUCCCUCUCUGGGUGGCGGGCGUGGCUGAAGCCCAUCUUAGCUGCAUUCAGACAAGAGGACCCCUUCGUCAUGGUGGCUGAGAACAUUCUGGGUCAGCCCAAAAGGUACAAGGGCUUCUCCAUCGAUGUUCUGGACGCCUUGGCCAAGAUCCUGGGCUUCAAAUACGACAUCUACCAGGUGUCUGACAGCAAAUACGGGUCUCAGCUUCCUAACGGUUCUUGGAACGGGAUGAUCGGCGACCUCAUCAACAAGAGAGCCGACCUGGCGGUGUCGGCCAUCACCAUCACGCCGCAGCGUGAGAACGUGGUGGACUUCAGCAAGCGCUACCUGGACUACAGCGUGGGCAUCCUGCUGAGGAAACCUGAGGAGAAGAUCAACAUCUUCUCUCUCUUCGUGCCCUUUGACCUCGCCGUGUGGGCCUGCAUCGCCGCCGCCAUCCCCGUGGUGGGCGUGCUCAUCUUCCUGCUCAACCGCCUGCAGGCGCUGCGCUCCUCCUCCGCACGCCACGCGCCGCCGGGAACGCCCACCAACGGCGGGGACCCCGCUUCUCUCCAGAGCGCCAUCUGGCUCGUCUACGGCGCCUUCGUGCAGCAAGGUGGGGAGGGUGUGGUGGGCUCGGUGGCCCUGAGGAUGGUGAUGGGCAGCUGGUGGCUCUUCACCCUCAUGGUGUGCUCGUCCUACACCGCCAACCUGGCUGCUUACCUCACCGUGUCCCGCAUGGACCACGCCAUACGGUCCUUCCAGGACUUGGCGCGGCAGGUGGAGGUGGACUACGGCACGGUGAGGGACUCGGCGGUGUACGACUACUUCCGGCACAAAGGCACCAACCCUCUGGAGCAGGACAGCACCUACGCCGAGCUGUGGAGGAGCCUCAGCAAGAACCAGGGCUUGGACCAUUGCGUGUCUAGCCCCUCUGAGGGCAUACGCAAGGCCAAGAAGAGUCCCUUCGCCUUCCUGUGGGACAUGGCGGUGCUGGAGUACGCCGCUCUGACGGACGACGACUGCACCGUGACGGUGUCGGGCAGCGGCGUGAGCAGCAAAGGUUACGGCGUGGCGCUGCAGCACGGCAGCCCCUACAGGGACCUCUUCUCCCAGAAGAUCCUGGAGCUGCAGGAGAAAGGCGACCUGGACGUGAUGAAACAAAAGUGGUGGCCUGAGAGGGGCCGCUGUGACCUGGGGGGGGGCCACCACACGGGCGCCCACCCUGACGGACGCUCCCUCAAACUGCAGAGCUUCGCCGGCGUCUUCUGUGUGUUGGCGGCCGGCCUGCUGCUGGCCUGCUUGGUGGCCGCCAUGGAGGCGUGGUGGAGCGGCCAGCGAUGUCGGAGCCAGGCGCCCAAAGAGGUCGUUAAGGAUUGCAGGACGGCUUUGGUUUCUUUUAAUGAGUUUGCGGCGGCGGAGGGGAGGAAGGACAUGGAGGACAUUUGGACAGGCAGGCAGAGAGUCUGGCACCCGGCCCAGGUGGCCUCAGGACAAGGAGGUGACCCUGGAGCGUGUGCACGGUGGCAUGAACAGUCUUUUGGACGAGGACUUGGCCCUCAAGCAGAUCCCCGGUCCGUCUAUGGAGAUCUCGGCGCUGGACCUGGGCCGGAUGCGGGCCGGCCAGGCGGCCAUGGUGCCCCCGGGCCUCGCCGUGACCAGCUUCCUGCCGGGGGAGGGGGCUCCGCCUCCUCACCUUGGGGGGACCCUGGGCCGGACGCAGCACAGCCUGGGGGGCGGGGCCUGCAAGCACAGGGCGCCCAAUGGCGCUUUGUUCCGACAGAGCCCUGGCAAGAUGGCGGCGUACCCGGGACCCUUGCCCGAAGUCAUUGACGCCGCCCACGGGACCUCCAUCUAGUGGGCGGGGCUAAGGGACCUUUUCUACUGUACAGAAGAAAACACCUGAAAGUAUUUUCAAUACGCUCCAUUUUUCAAAAAGUAUGAAAUAGAAAGCCUCGCCUUUUCACCCGCUCCUCAAAUCUUCUGUGUCCCGUUGCCAUGGUGACUGACGCCGGCUCCCUUCCAGAGGUUUCCAUGACAACCCACACCCGGCAGCGCCCCCCGCGGGCCUGGAGGAACAACCAUGAUGUCAGCAGGUUCUAGAAGGACCACUUUUACUCCACCUUUUUGGGGGGGGGCACAUUGUCUACAUCAGGGGUCACCAACGCGGGCACCAGGUCGCCCGUAAGGACCAGAUGAGUCGCCCGCUGGCCUGUUCUAAAAAUCGCUCAAAUAGCAGCACUUACCAGUGAGCUGCCUCUAUUUUUUAAUUUUAUUUAUUUACUAGCAAGCUGGUCGACAUUUUUAAUUCUAACAGAGACAAAACUCAAAUAGAAUUUGAAUAUAUUUCAAAGACUUGGUCUUCACUUGUUUAAAUAAAUUCAUUUAUUCUUUUACUUUGCUUCUUGUAACUUUCAGAAAGAGAAAAAAAUACAAGCUUAAAAAUGAUUUUAGGAUUUUUAAACACAUAUACCUUUUUACCUUUUAAAUUCCUUCUUUCCUGACAAUUUAAAUCAAUGUUCAAGUACAUUUAUUGUUUUAUUGUAAAGAAUAAUAAAUACAUUUUAAUGUAAUUCUUCAUUUUAGCUUCAGUUUUUUCGACAAAGAAUAUUUGUGAAACUUAUUAUGAUUAAAAUAAAUAAAAAAUAUUCUGGAAAAUCUAGAAAAUCUGUAGAAUCCAAUUUAAAUCUUAUUUCAAAGUCUUUUAUUUUGGUUCUGGAAAAUCUAGAAGAAAUAAUGAUUUGUCUUUGUUAGAAAUAAAUCUUGGUCCAAUUUGUUAUAUAUUCUAAUAAAGUGCAGAUUGGAUUUUAACUUAUUUAAAACAUGUCAUCAAAAAUAUAUAUUUAUUGUGAGAAAUCAUUAAGAUGAUCAGUGUUUCCACAAAGAUAAAUAUCAUUAAUUAUUAACAAUAACAUAGAGUUAAAGGUCAAUUGAGCAAAUUGGCUAUUUCUGGCAAUUUAUUGAAGUGUGUAUCAAACUGGUAGCCCUUGGCAUGAAUCAGUACCCAAGAAGUAGCUCGGUGACCCCUGCCCUACAAUAAAAAUAAAGCUUGUCUACACUAUAUUGCCAAAAGUAUUUGGACACCGGUCCUAAUGAUGAGAAGCAGGUGUCCCAGUCACUAAUCACAGGUGUGCCAUGUGGACCAAUACUAUUGGCCAACACAUGCUACGAUGCUAAGCUAACAAAAGAAUAUUCACUCAUUCAUCAUUGGUGGCUUUUUCAUCUUUUAACUUGAAAAAUGACUUGCAGGCCAAAAGUGUGUCCCCCCCCACCCCCCUUCACCCCCCUGUGUGUGUGUGUGCGUGCGUGUGUGUGUGUGUGUGUGUGUGUGUGUG